AUGAAAGAUUUUCUGGAAAUCAUCACUGCCAGACUUGAUACAGCUUGGAAGAAUACUCUUAUUGUUGUUUCUCCAGUUGAUGCAUUUAUUUCUGCUUCAGUUACUAGAAAGAAUGAGAAGUUAUUGAGUUCAUUUAAAAAAGUGCACUCAUCAUCUUCAACAACCACAAUUAUUCACAUCUGUCUUGUCACCUAUGAUGAGUCCAAUCAUCUCAUUAAACAACCAUCGGAAUCGAAGAAUGUCAAAGUUAAAUCCCCAGAUAUUGAGAUCAAGAAUGAGAAUAUCUCCACCUCAGUGAUCAAAUAUGAAUACAAAGUUGAUGAGUUGAAGACAAUCAAGCUUGAGAAGGAUCUAUUGUUCAAGUGGGAGAAGACAGAAUCAGAAACAGAGGAGGAAAAUGUAAAGAUGAUGGAAAACACUGUGAUGGAGAUGGAGAAGAGUCAUUCUAGUGAACUUGAAACACAAUCAACAUAUCUUGACUCAUCAAUAAAUGGGACAAGAUUUCAGCAUCAGCGUUGA